CGGGCAGGACAGGCACCCACAUUGCCUCCUCUUUCCCCCGUAUACAUACACCUCAAACCCCUCCCUACGAGACAGCCUCCCCUCCCUUCCCUUCCCUUCCCUUCCCUUCCCUUCCUUCCCUUCCCCUCCAAAAGAAAAAAAAAAUCUCCAUCGGCCUCGGCUGCCACAUACAUGAUACAGCAACAGUAGCCAGCCCCCAGUCCACCCUCUCGUCUCUCUUUCUUUCAAUCUUUCUCUCUCUAGAGAGAGAAGGAAAAGAAGCAGAAAAAGGAGGAGACAAUAACUCGAGAGGGAGAAAGGAGAGAGAGGGAGAGGCACACACACACUGCUGUGCUGCGAAGGGAUCGGAGAAGGAGGAGAGGAAGUGGUGGUGGUGGUGGUGACAGACAGCAGAACACAGAAGGGGAGAUGAAGAAGAUGAUGAAAAGAGAUGCGGAGGAUGCAGCACCAGCACAGGCGGCGGCGGCUGGAGUUUGAGCAGCAGCAGCAGCAGCAGCAGGCUGAGCCAAGAAAGCAGCAGCUGCAACCGCUUCUUCCAGUUCCCCCAGCUGCCUGACUCUUCCAGCCCAGCCGCCAGCAGGCUCAGUCGCCCAAGCAGCAAGCACCAAAGCGAUCGAGCUGCGCUGCGCUCCGUCCGUGCUGGUCCCCUCCCCUCCCCUCCCCUCCUCUCUGAUCCAUCCCACCCAAUUCCGCAGCUCCGCCGCCACCCUAGCUAUCUAGCUGCUGCAACCAAGCUAACACUCACUAGCAGCUACCGACUGAAGCUCAAGGCCAGGCCGGAUCGAUCGGAGCAGGGAGAUCGACCCGAGUCGAGUCGAGUCGAGCAGCCGGCGGACGGGCGGGCGGCCAUGGAGGACACGCUCAAGUCGCUGUCCAUGGACUACCUCAACCUGCUCAUCAACGGGCCGCAGGCCUUCAGCGACGUCACGUUCAACGUGGAGGGCCGCCUCGUGCACGCGCACCGCUGCAUCCUCGCCGCGCGCAGCCUCUUCUUCCGCAAGUUCUUCUGCGGCGCCGCCACCGCCGACCAGGCCGCCGCGCCAGGCGCGCUGCUGCUGGACCACCUCAGCCCGCGCUCUCCGUCCGGGGCUUCCUCCUCCUCCUCCCCGCGCGGCGGCGGCGCGGGAGCCGCCGCCGCCGCCGCCGCACCGGGCGCAGUCAUACCCGUGAACUCGGUCAGCUACGAGGUGUUCCUGCUGCUCCUGCAGUUCCUCUACAGCGGCCAGGUGUCCCUGGUGCCGCAGAAGGGGGAGCCCCGGCCGGGCUGCGGCGAGCGCGCUUGCUGGCAUACGCACUGCGCCGCCGCCGUCGACCUCGCGCUCGACACCCUCGCCGCCGCACGCUCCUUCGGCGUCGAGGAGCUCGCGCUCCUCACCCAGAAGCAGCUGGCCGCCAUGGUGGAGAAGGCGUCGAUCGAGGACGUGAUGAAGGUGCUCAUGGCGUCGCGGAAGCAGGACCUGCACCAGCUGUGGACCACGUGCUCCCACCUCGUCGCCAAGUCCGGGCUUCCCCCGGAGGUGCUGGCCAAGCACCUCCCCAUCGACGUGGUGGCCAAGAUCGACGAGCUCCGCCUCAAGUCAUCGCUGUCCCGCCGCUCGCCGUUCCUCGCGCACCACCACCCGUACCACCCGGCGGCGGGCGGCAUGGAGGCCUCGUCCGCGGCCGACAUCGACGACCACCACAAGAUCCGCCGCAUGCGCCGCGCGCUCGACUCCUCCGACGUCGAGCUUGUCAAGCUCAUGGUCAUGGGGGAAGGGCUCAACCUCGACGAGGCGCUCGCGCUGCACUACGCCGUGGAGAACUGCAGCCGGGAGGUCGUCAAGGCGCUGCUGGAGCUCGGCGCCGCCGACGUCAACCACCCCGCGGGCCCCGCCGGGAAGACGCCGCUCCACGUCGCCGCCGAGAUGGUCUGCCCGGACAUGGUCGCCGUGCUGCUCGACCACCACGCCGACCCCAACGUGCGCACCGUCGAGGGCGUCACGCCGCUCGACAUCCUCCGCACGCUCACCUCCGACUUCCUCUUCAAGGGCGCCGUGCCGGGGCUCGCGCACAUCGAGCCCAACAAGCUCCGGCUCUGCCUCGAGCUCGUGCAGUCAGCGGCCAUGGUCAUGUCGCGCGAGGACGCGCACACGGCGGCCGCCGCGGUCAACGCCGCGCCCAUGUACGGCGAGCCCUCCGGCGGCACCGUGUACAAUGCGAGCGGCACCAGCUCGAGCAUGGUGAACCUCAGCCUGGACAACAGGAUGGUGUACCUGAACCUAGGGAUGGACGCGCAGUUCGGCAAGAUGGGCGACGGCAGCGACGGCGAUGACGGCGGGAGCAGAGGCCAAGGGGGGCCGUCUUCUUUGUUCUCCCCUCAUGGCUACCAUUGACAAGCUGGGAGCUGCUGCUGCUCUACUAUCUCCUUGUAAGCUUAGAACUAAUUAAUUACAUGUUGUUAUUCAUAUCCACAUUACAGGAGAUUCUGAUGAUGAGAAUGAUGGUCAGAUAAUCCUUUUGCCCUCUAUCUAUCAUCCUCUGACUCUUUUAGCAGAGACGAUUAGAGAGAGAGAGAGAGAGAUCAUGCAUGCAGCGUGAUGCAUCAUCACAAGAGUUAUGGAUCUUGGUGAGUUAUUGUCUAGUUGUUGUAGCAGUUCUAUUGGCGGGGGUGUUGUUUUGGAAAUUUUAAGAGGUGUUUAAGAGGUAAAACUGUUUUUUUGUU